AUGGUGGGAAGAAGGAAAAACCGCCCGGCUGCACAGCCUGCUGUCAGGACUCCUAGUAUUUCUACGCGUUCUGGGCGCACCGUACAAGAUCCCAUUCCAAUUCCCACUACUACUCGUGGAAGAGGUCGAGGCCGAGGACGUGCUCGCGGCCGUGGCCGUGCCAGUCUUCCUGGCCAUCUUCCUUCUAAUGAAUCAAGCGAACCAGAAGUUCGCUCGCACAUCCUCAAAUUAAAAUUUUCAUCAUUCCAACUAAUUCAACCUGCUGAUUCCGAUGAUGUCCCCGAUGGGGAAAAUGAAAAUGGAACCAGUGCGGUCUCACAAGACCCAGAGACCCCGAGCACUCGGCGUCCUCGACAUCCUCGGACUGUUCCUGAGUCCUCGCGGACCACCCGGCAGUCAGCAAGACUGAAGCCGGAUGGAGAUGGCGCCUUCGAAGAAGAUGUCUCGCCGACCAAGGUCGUUGACAAUCAAAACAACCAGCCAGAUGAUGACAUGGAAUCUCACCAGUAUGAUGAGGAAUUCAAGUCCGAACCUCCUUUCGAAAAAGUCUCUCAAUCUCCUGAACCUCGCAUAGUUGCUUCAGCCCCCGUGUCGCCUGGAGCUAAAGAAAAGACCGAGGACACUCCCGCUGGUCAAAGUCCCAAGAUUUCACAGAUUGACGAAGCGUCAUUCAGUGCAGUGUCUUCACCUCGAAUUUCGCGCAAGCGGAAGUCACUCGAAUUGCAAAAUGGAACCCCGGAUGUUGAUUCCGAGGACACUAUAAACAAAAAGGCCCGAACUGAUGAGACUGAAACGUCUCCUGAGGACAUUCCUAUUCCUUCAGAAGAAUUUGACCCCCCUGCUUACGACUCUACCGUUCGAGGAGGCCGUGGCGGUCGAGGAGCCCGUGGCGGCCGGGGUCGAGGACGUGGCCGGGGCCGUGGUCGCGGAGGCCGCGGUGGAUUCGUCGGUCCAAUUCGACCUACAGCUGUUACCAAGCCUCGAGGUGGUCGAGGACGUGGCCGUGCCAAGGCCACCAUUAUAAAACGCGGCAAGAAAAUCGAAGACGAGAUCUGGGACGUCGCCGAAAAUUGGCGUGGUCCCACCCCAUCGCCUACUCCAGAAUCAAUGCCAACAAAAACUCGCCAGGAGGAAAUGUCCGCGCUUUUUAAGAAGGUUGGCCAGGCCCAGAGUAUUGCGCUGAGUUUCAUGGCCGAUCAGACCAUGCACAAGCUUGCUCGCGAGAAAAAUGGACACAAAGAAUGUCCUGAAUUCGAACAAGUCCAGCGGGAUCUGGAUGAGUACGAACGCAAGGCAAUUGAGAGACUGAACAAUGAGUACAAGGUGAAAACUGAGAUGGAGUCUCGGAAGUAUGAGGGCAAUGUUCACAUUAUAAAAGACACUGCAAGGCUGCUCAUCGAGCAAGUCCAAGAGGAGAUGGUUACGAUGCUUAUGGGCAAGAUGAUGGCCCUGAUCCAGGGCCGCAGGGUGGCCGAGGACGAUGAACACACCGAGGUACAUACUCUUGAAGACUUCCCGAAAUCGAAUACGCAGCUAAUCAGGCUCCAGUAUGAUACAUCGGAUUCAGAACAAUCCGUGAAGCAAUUCCUUUUCCGAGACGGCGAGACGGCGGUAAGACAGGUAGAGCGUGGAUUUGCAGCCGAUGCAGUUCGAGACCCGGAAGGGGCAGUUGACUUUGUGGCAGCGGAGGAGGGAUGGGAGGAAUUUGUCCAGAGAGUACGGCUGGGUCGCUUGAACGAGGAGAUUGCACCAACAGAAAUUACCGACGAAGAUGCUCUGCGAACCUACGCCAAGGAUGCCUUCGGCAGCAUGCUUCAUGCAGCCACCUACAUCCACGAGCAAGAGGCGAGUGGAAAAGUCGUGGGUUACGAUGGUGCCGCUGAUUUCCCCGUGCACCCACGGGCACUUUCCAUUCUGGCAGACGCAGCUCUGACCGAGCCCGUGCCCCAACAUCUUCCAAUGAUGCGCACCGACCCCGGCACCCACCACCGUGCUCUCCUCCCCCAGCCCACCCACGCCCACCCGGGCCCUCCUCCCUCCUCCCUCCACGGCCACGGGCCAACCGACCCGCGGUCCUUCAUCCUCCCACGGCCCACCCCAACCCAGCAGCCGCGGCGCCUUCUCCCCGCCCGCCAGCAGCUGGGUUUCGGGGAUGGGCCUGCCGGACCCCGCCCGCAAUGA